UCCCAUGAACCCUUGCGCGCUAUUGCUUCACUAGUUCGUACCCGAGUUGACUAUUCUUCAAAAUUCCGUCUGAUGGAGCUUUAAAUGAUUUAACAUUACUCCACCGCUGCUGAGAUGGCAGAACCAGGGUCCGGUCCAGUGUUUCAGCUGGGAAAACCGCGCUAUGACCAGACUGCAUUUCUUGGCAGGUUGAGACACUUCAUUGACAUCAUUGAUCCUUCCACUCUUUUUGUGACGGAGAGUCGCUUAAAAGAAUGCAUCAAACUCCUGGAUGAUUUCAAGCAAGGAAAACUUUCUCCAGGAGUAACAGAUUAUCAGCCUGUGUGUUGUGUUUUUAUCUCUGGGAAGCUCUGGGAAGCUCAAAAGGUGAAGCAGGCCAUAAUUCACCCUGACACCGGUGAAAAGAUAUUCAUGCCUUUUCGCAUGUCGGGCUAUGUCCCAUUUGGAACACCAAUUGUUGUCGGUCUUCUCCUUCCAAACCAGACUUUGGCCUCUACUGUGUUCUGGCAGUGGCUCAACCAGAGUCACAAUGCUUGCGUGAACUACGCCAACCGUAACGCCACAAAGCCUACACCAACCUUAAAAUUUAUUCAGGGAUACCUGGGAGCUGUCACCAGCGCUGUUUCUAUAGCAGUUGGUUUGAAUGUACUUAUCCAAAAAUCUAGCAAAUUUAACCCUGCCACCAGACUGUUCAUACAGAGGUUUAUUCCAUUCCCUGCUGUAGCGAGUGCAAACAUCUGUAACGUGGCUCUGAUGAGACACAAUGAGUUGUCUGAGGGAAUAGAUGUGUUGGACAACAACGGGAAUGUUGUGGGAUCCUCACGAAUAGCUGCCAAACAUGCACUGAUAGAGACAGCAGUUACGCGAGUGGUUCUGCCGCUGCCCAUAUUUGUCCUUCCACCAAUCAUUAUGGCCUUCUUCGAAAAGCUCCCUUUGAUGCAAGCUCAUCGUCGCAUGAUGCUUCCAGUGCACAGUUUAGUGUGUCUGGCUGUCUUUGGUCUGUCCUUGCCACUGGCCAUCAGCCUUUUUCCACAAAUGUCACAGAUCGAGACAUCUCACCUUGAGCCAGAAAUUGCCAUGGCAACAGAUUGCAAGGUGCUGACUUACAACAAGGGACUGUGAUAAAAAAAAGAGGGAUAGUAGGUGGAAGUGUGAAAAAAAAGAGAGAAAAGCAGUGUUUCUGUGUUGUAUGAGAUUGCCAAGGACAUAACCUAGCAAAACAGGUGCAUUUUAAGCAAUAGUGACCAGCUAACCCUUUCCUUAAUUUUAAAGCCAUUUAUCAGAUUUUAUAGAAAUAUUAAUGAAUUAAUAAUUCAACAUUUUACAGCUUCCAGCUAGAAAAAAGCUUUACAUUAAAGGACUUUUUAUUAUUAUGAAUGUAAGAUAUUACUCAAACAUAAUAGGAGAGCAAAUGCUGUAUUUAAUUUAAAGUCUGUGUAAAGUGAUAUUUUAUAUGUGUAUAUAUGAGUUUGUCACACCACAGAAAAUGUUAUUAAGCAUCCAGCCAAAUUUGAAUGAUAAAAAAUUAUUUAAAAGUAAAUAACAUAAAGUUAUCAAAAUCUGGGAAAAAUAAGCAGCAUUCUCUGAUCUCAGACGCUGCUGUCGCCGUUGAAACCACGCCCACUUGCAGGAAAUCUGUCGUCUCGUCUUUCAACUUUCAAAUAGAUUGUGGCUAUAAAAACUGAUACAGCUACGGACAAAACUUCGUUGAAAUGUCACCGAUGAGCGCUGUUUUCAUCCUAAUCAUACCCCUAAACCCAACAUUUCACAAGAUUUGGCCGUAGCUGUAUACCCUCUAGUCAGAACCUAAUGGAUGCUCGCGAUUGUGUUAGGGGCGGGGCCAGACGCGGUUGCUCCAAUGCGUCAUCGAGCCACUGUUUUUUAGCCUGCACUGUCCAAAUAAUCCUGAACACAGAAAUGAGGAAAAUCCGUUGAAAGGUGCAAUUUGUAAGAUAUUUGCAGUAAAAUCUCCAAAAACCACUAGGCCAGUGUUAUAUAUUUUGUCCAGCUGAUUACUAUCAAUAUCUGUAAUGUUUUCUACUACUUGUAAAUCGUGAGAAAAUUUCCAUUCAAAACAUUGACACGGGGCAGUGCAGUCUCCUGUCAAUGACGUUAAUAUCCAUGUGACCCUUUGUCACCGCCUUUACUGACGUAACCCACAUGAGAACACUGGUCUAGCUCGAAAAAAUAAAAUGGCGGCCAAGGAAGCGGCUGGAGCACAAAUUUAGUGAAAAUAAACGUAUAUUUUCACUUUUUAAGCAUUUUAAUUGCAUUUCUAUCGAGAAAUUAGUAUUGUAGUUUUCAAAUAUGUGAUUAGUUAUCACAAAGGCGCUCUCUGUUUUUAUUUCAAACACGCUGCCUUUGAAGUGCGUCGGAAAGCCUUUCUCUGAGCGGCCUUCAGGCCUCCGAGUCCGAAGUCAUGUCCUCAUGAGGCAGCGAGGCCACAAGUCCUCACAGUCCUCACUGCCUUGAGUUUUCGGACGCAGCCAGUGUUGUGGACAAAUGCGGAACUAUGCGCUUGCUUAUGGACUUAUGGAUAUCUCUGUACCGUCUGCCGCUGGUUGUGUCAGCUCCUGUUCGCGUACGGGCCAACCAAACGACCCAAGAAGAGUUUGGAACAAAACGAGGGAGGAUCAAUUUGGUGUUGCAUUAUCUGGAUAGAGAGAGCUUCACGACAACAUUUAACUAUCCUGCUUGUGUUUUACGCGAUGGGUGAGUUGUUUUGAUUCGUAACCCUUCAAAAAACGUAUGCUAUUAUAUUGAUCACAACAUUACUGUAAUCAGCGCGUCUUCCCGCGGACGAUAUGCACAUCAAAGGUAUUGUGAGAUUCUGAUCCUGCUUGUGUUUUACGCGAUGGGUGAGUUGUUUUGAUUCGUAACCCUUCAAAAAACGUAUGCUAUUAUAUUGAUCACAACAUUAGUGUGUAGACUGUAAUCAGCGCGUCUUCCCGCGGACGAAAUGCACAUCAAAAGGUAUUAUACAGCAAUAUAAAUGGUCAUUUUAAGACACUUCACAAUAAGAUUUGUACUGUCAAUACAUUAUGUGAAAAAUCAUUGUAAGUUGAAAACUUAAUUCUGAGCUGUGUUUACCAUCGAAUUUGGACUAAUACUGUAAUAUCAAUAUGACUAACAAUUUACAUCACAUAUAAACUUACAUAAUGAAAUAAACGAUGUCAUCAAACGCAACAUUUAUAAGACUUGAUUACCUUAUCCAUCAACGUGAUUUCUCGUUCUCGUCUGAUUUAUGGCUAAAGUUAAAGACUACAAAUCCCAUAAUUCCACGCUGCUUCAGAGCGUCAGUAAACAACAUCAUUGUUUUUGUUUGAUCUGGCGCCAUCUUUCGGCACAUAAAUACAAAUUGUAUCUUUAACGUGUAACUCCACAAUUCACUACUACGUUAGUCUUUGUAAUGUGUUUCAGCAGUACAUUUCUAAAAUGUAUAACGUGUUUAGAAACAAUUCUCUGAAAUUACUUUACACAGACAUAAAAUGUAUAUGCACUUCAUCAUAAUCAUAAUUAAGGUGUUUAUUUGCAUGUCAUGCUUAAAAUCUUCAAAACCCUUUAACUUUAAAGUGUACAGAGAUUUGAUCUUUUAAAACAGGAUCUUACAACAGAAAUGUUAAUAUUUUAAUACAAGUUUGGAGAUACGACUAUUUUAGUCUAUUGUCUGAAUACUGAACUUUGUAAUUUGUUAACAUGUAAUUUUGAUAAAUAUACUAUCUUAUUGUCUGAUGA